CCUCCCCUGAGGGAGGACAAGAAGAUGAGUGUCACCAAUCAUCACUCCUUCAACAUCCGGACCAUCAUCUUCCUCGUUCUGUCUACUACAGCUCUCUCUGCUCACUUUCGAGUGUGUGAGCCUUACUUCGACCAUAAGGAGCGCUACCACUUCGGCUUCCACUGUCCUCGUCUCUCGGACAACAAGACGUACAUGUUCUGCUGUCACCAUAACAACACAGCCUUCAAAUACUGCUGCAACGAGACCGAGUUCCAGACAGUCAUGCAGGUCAACCUGACCACCUCACCGGACGGAUACGCUCACAACAAUUACUCCGCUUUAAUCGGCGUGUGGAUCUAUGGAUUCUUCGUAAUGGUGCUGCUGGCAAUUGAUUUCCUGUAUUACUCGGCCAUGAACUAUGAGGUGUGCCGGGUGUAUCUGGAGAAGUGUGGGCUGGGGGGCCGCUGGCUGAAACAGGCCCGCACUCAGUGGCACGGGGACGGACAGACAGCUCAACCCGCAGCUCCAACACAACCUCAAGAGACACAUCAACACGGCUGCAGUCAGGCCAGACACAGCCUGACGGGAGACACGUCGAGUCCAACACAAACCACGCACAACACGACGACGGCCUGAGACCAACCAAAUGUAAGGACAAACUGUUGGAAUCCCCCUGUGAAGAAGUGCAUUAUGGGAAACGUAGUACAUGCCCCUGCCACAUGGACCUUUAGGUCACAGGUGCCUGACUGCCCCAAGCCUCUCCAUGUGAUCCAAAUCUCAAAGAGCACAACUUUCAACCCCUCGACAAACCCAGAAUCAGCCGGAAGUGGACAAGUGGGGGAACGAGAGAUUCUGAGGUUUGUGGAAGUACAGAACCAGACUUCAGAGCGAGCUGGACUUCGACGGACACAGAACUCAGCCAGGACAUCUUUGGAGGACCUAUGUACCCGUUUCGUGAGCUCUUCUGGAUUAAACUCUCUGUAACUGUGCGGUGUCUGUUUAUUUAUUCAUAGUCGGGGAAAGCGAUGAGUGAUGAAUGAAGUCGACAAACCUAAUCUAAAAGAUUCAAGCACUCUCAUGACUCUAGAAGUUGACCUUUUGCAGUAAAUAUCAAAACUCACAUGUCGUGGGUGGUUCUGCAGUGAAGAUGUGAAAUGAAAUAGUACGGUGAAUGUUCGUUUUUUGAUUACUGUUGUGAAUUGACAUUUUCUCAUUUGUAAGAAUCAGUGAGGUAGCAAAUCGUGUUAAACUGCGCUUUUUUUAUUCCCC